AUGCAUCUCAAAUUGGCCGUCGCUUCACUCUUGACCUCCGGCGCGACGCUGGGGGUCAACGCCGCCAGCAAGCCCAAGUUGUCAGCCAGUGCUCAAAGUUUGUUUGACUACUCCAUGGGGGUCCAGGACGCUAGAUGGGACCAGUCGUACGCUGCGAUCUUCUACCCCGACAAGGGACCGUGGUCUAACAGGUUUACUGCCUGGUACACGGCGGGCUUGCUGCAUCGCAAUGAGGGAAACGACGUGGAAAACGCAAAGGCAGCAAUUCAGAAUAUUCUUCGGUGCCAAAUGACGUCGGAUUUUGAGUCAGCGUGGUAUGGAACAUUUAAGCUCUCGCCUGAUGAGCCGGACCCAACUCCCAACUCCACACUCUAUCCACCAAAGAUUUAUACUACAUACGAUCCGAACUGGAGAGAGUUUAUUGGAACACAACUUGUGCAAGAUGUGGAGCUCUAUUCCGACCUCCUUGGCGCGGAUCUCGUCAAGAAAAUUGAAGACGCUCUCGAAAUCCAAGCCGUCGGGGCUAUGAGACGUAACGGCAGCUACCCCGAUGGCGACAACCUCAUUCUUCGCUACUCUAACCCAGGUCUCAUGCGCGCCCUUACAGUCGGCUGGAUCGGCGCCCGUCGUCAAAAUUCUGCCUUCACCAACUUCGCCAACACUCAAGGGAGCGAGCUUCUAGAGCUCUUCAAGUCCAACGGGUCUAACACCCUCGGCGAGUACAACGCCCCAAACUACUACGGCAUGGAUGUCUGGGCUCUGGCUGCAAACAUCGCUUACGGACCCCGCAACGCCACCCUGACCAAGAACGCCGAGUUCAUCUUGACGGAGUUGUGGAAAGAUAUUGCGGAGCACUACAACCCGUAUCUCGGCAAUCUCGUCGGUCCGUAUGACCGGGCAUACACCCGCGACAUGACAAAGUAUUCGUCCAUUCUCCCCAUGUACUGGUGGUCUGUAUUUGGCCGCGAGUACGGUCCACAGCCUCUUUUGGGAGAAGGAGACUUGAUGUACGAUGCUGCACAGGGUGCGGCAAUCUCCUUGGUUGCAGAGACGGUCGCGAAGCACAUUUCAAACAGUACCGCAGCUGCUCUCAAGUCCAAGGGCUCCUGGACGGGGUCACGAAGCCUCACACGGCAUAUCAAGGAAGAGCUGGACACUGACGUCACUCGCACCACCACAUCCUGGAUCAGUGGACCUCUCAUGAUCGGCGGACAGCAGCUCGCUGAGACAGAGAACCGAGGAGAUCAAUUUGUGCCGGCCAUUGCGCAUUGGGCUUCGGACCCUUCGCAUAAGCCGUGGCCCCUGGUUGGCUUCUUCCUGCUCUAUCCUUCUGCUUCGACGAUUAAGGCCGUCGCGAGUGAGAAUUUUUUGAGCAUCUCAUACCCAAACAAGACUCAGGAAGGCUCUGAUAUCUUCACCUUUGCCCUUUCCGGAAUCCCCCCAUCAUGGACUCUGGGAGGCAAGUCUAUUACCGGCUUGGAGGAAUUGCCAUGCUUAAACGUCAACGUCUCUGCGCCUGGAUUGGAGAAGUUGCCUAUCUCGUAUGGUGAUCAGCUGAGAAAUCACUGGUACUACAAUAUUUCCUAUGCGGUGCCUGCAGACUUUGAGGGUGUCCCGCAUGUGAACUUGACGAUGGAGUACACCUGCGAAACCUAA